CCAGCUGGAGGCAUAUAAUUUGAAUGCGUACGUAAGUGUACGUGAUGCAGCUUCGUGUCAAAAAAUUUUAACUUCAAUUUUUGUGUCACUUUCCGGCAAUAACCACCAUGCAUUUUCGUUCCAUAGGAUUUCAGAUUUAAUUCUUCUUUGCACUGAAUGUUUUUCUUUUUAAGGUAAAUAUUGUCAGAAACUGUGUCCGGUUGUUAGUAUGGCUGAGUGUUCGCCAUUAGUAAAAAAAUCUAUCACAAACGCUGAAAACAAACACAAUGUUCAUCGUGGCCCUUCAAAAAGACCUGCAUUAGCCGACAUUAAUGGGAAAAGAAACAUUUCUAGCAUUCGAGAAAAGAUUUGUCUGACAUCAAUUGAAGAUACUUUGACAUGGGCCAAGCAAAACUACAGUAAAAUAAGAGUUUUAGGAUCUCAGAAGUUUAGUAUCUAUGAAGAUGACUGUCAAAAUGAAAAUCUGUGUUUGCUCAGUAAUGUGUCUCGUGUAAUAGACUUGAGUCCUGUCAAAACCAUAACCCCAACAUAUUCUUGUGACAAAACAUCAAAAGAUCUAUCAAAAAUUAAAAUUGAUGAAGCUGCUGAUUUGGUUUGGAGUUCACCAUAUCGGGAAGAUGUUUAUUCAUAUUUAAAAGAAUUACAGCACAAAUUUCGUCCACGUCCAACAUACAUGUCAAAACAGCAAGACAUAACUUUAAGUAUGAGAACAGUCUUAGUUGACUGGCUUGUUGAAGUGGGUGAAGAAUAUAGACUUCAAGUAGAGACUCUUCAUCUUGCUGUUUCAUACGUUGAUAGGUUUUUGUCCCGCAUGUCAGUUUUGAGAGCAAAAUUGCAACUUGUUGGUACAGCUAGUAUGUUUAUUGCAUCGAAAUAUGAAGAAAUAUAUCCACCAGAAUUAAAAGAUUUUGUUUACAUCACUGACGAUACCUACACGAAAAAACAAAUUUUGAGAAUGGAACAUCUGGUUUUAAAAGUUUUAGCUUUUGAUAUUGCUUCACCAACAGCUUAUGCUUUUCUCAGAAUAUUUUGUUGCAUGUCUUCUGCAUCAGAUACAGUUUCAUAUUUAGCUCAGUACAUAUGUGAACUUUCACUAUUGGAAGCUGAGCCGUUUCUCACAUUUCUCCCUAGUGUAAUUGGUGCAGCAUCAUUGGCUCUUGCAAAUUAUACUCUGGGACACAUUGUUUGGUCAGAGGAUCUUGCAGAAUUAUCAGGCUAUCAACUAAAUGAUCUGAAAAAUGUAAUGCAUUGUCUUCAUAAAGUAUAUUCAUCUGUUUUACAAUACGAACAAAAGGCAAUAUAUGAUAAGUACAAAUCAAGCAGGUUUCUGAAUGUCUCCAGUAUUGAAUCACCUGUAUCAUUAAGCUUAUGAAACCAUUUAAAAGCUACUUGUUUAUAUUUUAAUGCUAUCUGCACUUGUAAUUUUAUUUGUUAGUAAUGAAUAUUUUAGAAAGUUUGAAAACCGUGCUCCAUUUGGAACGGUUGUACAAAUGUUAAGAAAGUUUGACUAUAAGCUGUGCAGCUUAGAUUUUAAAUUGCUAUAUUAGUUUUAAUGUACAUUUUUAAGUUUAAUUUAUUUUGUAAGAAAAUUGUUUUAUUAUGGAGAUUUAUUUUUGUGUAAUUACUCUCUGAGUCGUGGUCGCUUUGAGCUGAUUCAAGUCAUGAUUUAUGGUGAUGAUUUUUGAAUUCAAUGUUAGGAACAUGCAUUAAAUUACGAUUUUAAAUAAAACCAUGGGUUUAAAAUAGUUUCUAGUUCCAAAACAGAAUGUUUUUCUCUGGAAAUUUCUGAAACGAUUUGUAAUUAAUGUGAAAGAAUAAAAUGGUUUUAAGUAUUAGAGAUUAAGACCUCGAAAGUAUGUACCCAUGUAUAAAAAAAUGUCAGCGAGUAAUGAUAUAUUUAUUCAAUGCAUUAUUCUCUGGAAUGUUCAGACAAAGGCGUCAUGUUAUUUAAUGCAAUAAUGAACUUUAUUGUAAUUAUAAUGUACAUGAAUUAUA